AGGGGUUGGCACAUGUUGGAUGUGAAUGUCCCUGUGGAUUGGGGACAUGCAGCUGGUGCCGGUGGAUCGUGCCCUGAAAUUCUGUUUGUUCGUAUACAACAUGGACGUCAUUCAGAGUAAGUGGGAAUCCACAGGAUAUCUAUUCCCUGUUGCUUUUUCUUAACAUCCAGCUUGUUUGGACCAUUUGGAUAAAAUGAAUGAUUUCCAAGAGGAUCCUCCUGUUGAGAUUAUCAGGAUCGUUGAUUCACUGCAAGCAGUAGGAAAACGUUUCCAAGAAUGUAUAGACAGUGUUGGAGAACUUCUGGAAGAAAGGGAGAAUCUUAUCAAAGAAUUAAGCUUCAUGAAGGAGCCAGUGUAUAAAGAGAUUGGCAAUUUGAGGGCUGAACUCUUGAAGCUUUACCAAACUAAAUUAAAGGCAGAGAUUGAAUGUGAUAACUUCAAAGAAGAAAUGACAUGCACAAAAAAAACCUUGUUUAAGAUCACUAAAGCUCAAAUGACAUGUAAAUAUGAAUUACACAUCAAUAAACAGGACUUGUCCCUAACUACAUCGCAACGGAAAACACUAGAAUCUAGGGCACAGACACUUUCUGAUGAAUUGGCUGUACUUAAACAUUGCCACCAGAAAGAAAUAAACCAACUGAUUCGUCAGUUGGAAAGUAUUAAAAAUGGGAGGAGUACGCUGUCCCUGAUGAACAGUCAUCAAACAAAUGAAGAAUUUCAAAGCUUGUUCGGAGAACAGUGGCAAUGGCUAGAGAAAUACUAUGAACCUAAAGUGAGAAAUCUCCUGAAUUGGAGUAAGACCAGGGCUGAAUCACUUAAAUGCACAUUGCAAGAAAUUGAAAAUUUCAAAAAACAGUUGCAACCUCUGCAGGAACAGGUGACAAAACUAAACACAAGGAGACAACGCCUGGAAGGACAGGUGCAAUUUAUUGAGAGAAAGUGGGCUGAGGACAUUCUGCAAUAUCAGGAACAAAAAAGGGAGCUGCAAGAAAAAGUCAGCCUCUUGAAAACUGAACUUGAUGUGCAGAAGCAAAAGAACAACAACAUUAAACAAUUGAAAGAGAGUCUCUCCGAGGAAUUAUUUGUUUACAAGGAAAGUUUAACAGCAUUUGGAACUCUUACUGAAUCUUCAAACAAGCUGGAUUAAAGAAUUCAAAAUAAUCAGCAUGUCAAGAAAGUUGUUUAAGUACUAGUCACAUGCAUUUUUCCAAUUAAGUUGCUCAAGGGACUUGCUUAGGCAUUAUUUCAAAAGAGUAUCUCUUACUUAUAUAUAAGUGAGUUCUCAUAGCAUCUUUACUCAUCUAACAUCCCACAUAGUCUCAUUAAAUGGGAGAACAGAUUGAGAGCCUGUUUUCCUUGUACUUCACAGCAUUUUAAAACAAAAUAAGACUCAAGGGCAAUGAGGGACAGGCACUAAAUGCUGGACAGCAGUGACGUCCACAUCUCACAAGAGAAUAAAAAACUCAGCCACAAAAGAUGAUGCAAGGUCACCAGAUCAAAAGGCUACCAUAAAAGGGAUGUAAAUGUAAAAUACAAUUGAUUUUCAAUUCUGAAGCAUAAGACAGUAAGGCAUUGUUUAUUCCUUUCUCGAGUUAGAAUUAGGUUUUAUUGUCACAUGUAUUCAAGUACAGGAGGACAGUGAAAAAUGUAUAAUGUCAUCAUUUUAGGUACAAAAACCCGAAUUCUUAGAAAACAUCCGUUUUAGAUGCAAAAGCCAAAACAAACAUCUAAGAAACAAAAUACAGAAUUAAAAAAAAAAUCAAAAGCAGAUAUACAACAAGAGCCAAGAAGGAGGGGUGAGGCGUUCAGAUCUAAAAGUCUUAUCUCUAUAACCAAGCCUCCUUCCUCAAAGCCUUGAGUCUCAGUGCUGCUGCCAAUGCAGACUCUUGGAACUCACUCCCACAGGUACUUGGAAGUCAAUCUCACUGCUGCCACUAACCGUCAGAACUCAUUCCCUAUGUUGCCUCCCGACCUUAUGCCAACUCCUAAUUUCUUCCAGGUAGGCUUUCAUGAUAAAAGAUUGUAUUGUAACAUAGCAGAAACUGUUUUUGAUAACAAUAUGGUUUGAGAAAUAAAAGUGAAUUAUAUAGUAAACUGUGUGUUAGGGUCACUUGUGGGACUUGCCCCAUUCAGUGACUCCUGUCCCUGACUGAGGUAGCUAGAUGAAUGUUUCCCAGGCCCUGGCAUUUUUCCAACAUGGAAUCAAAGAUUGAUUUAUUAAUAAAACAUUUAAAAUAUGGGGGAAUUACACCACUAUUCCACCGUACAUACAACUUGCCAGGAGAUUAAAGAUGACAGAAUAGCAGAUAGGCUAGAAAUUACACAUUUUGGUAAAUCCACAGGAGUUUUAAAAAAUCAGUUGAUGUGAAUUAUAACUUCAUUAAGGUCACUAUGUAAUAACAGCUUUCUUGGUGAGCUGGGCUUUGUCAUCUUUGUGGUCAGUUGGCUUGCCGAGCUAGUUUGUUAUUCCGCAGACGUUUCAUUACCCAGCUGGGUAAUAUCAGCAGUGUAGCCCCCGAUGAAGCACCAUUAUAUUUUCCCACCUGUUAUUUAAACUCUGGUGUCCGUUGAGCUGGAUGAUCUCACGUCCGGUUUUCCUUCACAAUGGAGUGUAUAAGGGGUCUAGCUCUGUGUGUUAGUUUAUGGAUUUCUUCAUGGAGAAACAAGCCUCUAAGAAUUCCCCUGCUUGUCUAUGCUGGGCCUGUCCCAGGAUCCUGGUGUUGUCCCAAUCAAACUGGUCAUUUUCCUCAUCCAUGUGGAUGAAAAUGUGGGAGUAUUGGUCGUGUCUAUUUGUUGCCAGUUGAUGUUCAUGUACUCUUGUGGUUAAUUUCCUUCUUGUCUGUCCAAUGUAAUGUUUGUCGCUGUCUUUGCAGGGAAUCUUGUAUACGACAUUGGUCCUGUCCACUAUGGGCAGCGGGCCUUUGGUUCAGGUGAGCAGUUGGCGAAAGGUUGAUGUGGGUUUGUGUGUUACUCUGAUGCCCAGUAGUUGGAGGAGUCUUGUGGUCAAUUCAGAUGUGCUCUUGACGUAAGGUAGUGUGAUGAGUGUGUCAGAGCAUGCAGUGUCUUCCUGGUGUUACUAGUGUAAGAGGCAUCUUCUGACCCAGUUUUUUUUCGGGUAUCUGUUGUCUUUGAACACUUGGAAGAGGUACUCCUCUUCUCUUUGACGUCGUUCUGUGUUGCUGCAGUAUGUUGUUGCCUGUUUAAAUAGAGUUUUCACGCAACUUAGUUUGUGUGUUAGGGUGGUUGUUAUUGAAAUUUAGUGCUUGUUCAGUGUGUGUGGCUUUCCUGUGUACCUUUGUUAGAAAUUCCCCUUUGGCCCUGUGCUCCACCAUGGAAUGGGAGCUGUUAGUUCUUUUCCUCUUCUCUGGUGAAUCUGAUCCCGGUGGGGGUGUUAUUUAUUAGUUUAUGUGUCUCCCCUAGUUUGGUCCAUUUAACAACGACGAAGGUGUCAUCCACGUAGCGUAUGCAUAGUUUCAGUUGGAUUAGGGGAAGGGCCACGCUUUCAAGUCUCUACAUCACUGCUUCUGCUAUUAGUCUGGAGAUAGGUGACCCCAUGGGUGUCCCUUUGGUCUGUUCGUAGAUUUGGCCAUUGAAGGUCGUGAGGCAUAGAUCCAAUAGUUUCUUUUGGGGUGGUGUCAUUGGGAUCAUGUCCUUAUUUUGUAUGGUGCCAGUGUUUCUCUUGCUAGUGGUAUGUCUAUCAGUGUGACUAGGGCAGUAACAUCAAAUGAUACUAUGGUCUCCUCGUUGUCUAUUCUUGUCCUUGAUGGAAUUGAGGAACUCCUCGGCUGAGUGGGGUUACUUGCAGACGAGGUGCUUUAGUCUCCUUUGUAGCUCCUUGGCUAAUUGAUGCGAUAGGGUGCCUGGCAGGGAGACUAUAGGUCUGAGGGUUACUUCCACUUUAUGCACCUUCAGGAGGCCAGAGAAUUGGGGUGUGUUAGUUCCUUCUGAUUUCAUUCAUAAGAAGUCUGUUUGGUUGAUUUGUCCGGUCUGUUUGAGUCUCCUUAGUGUAUCAAAUAUCUUGUUGCCUGGUUGUGGUGUCAGGUCUAUCUCCACUUGCUGGUAUGUGUUCUCGUCAGCUUGUAAUGUCUGUGCUUUGGACAGGUUGUCCCGUUUGCUGUGAGUUGUCUGUGGAACAACGAACUAGCUCAGCGAGCCAACCAACCACAACAUUCACAAUCUGAGCUACAAAUCUACUCAAAAACCUUUGUCAUCUUUCUUUGUGCAACAUUCAGGCCUCUUUCCAUUCAGUAAUUUGAAAUCAAAAGUAAAUGGUGCAAGUCAGGAUUCCAACUCAGUGUAGAGUAUUGCUUUCCCUAUGGAAUCAAACAGCAACCAAGAUAAAGUCAGAUUUGUAUAUUUAAACAACUCAACAAACUCAGAUGUCAUCAUGUGAAAAAGACAGGCAUUUCAAAGGCUGAGGAACCACUUUGGUGAGCAAAUUAUAAAGUCAUUAAGUUUCAGUUUAGCUCCCCACAUUUCCAUUGCAGGUGAAGAGGUAGUACAAAUCACUAGCACCUAUUUCAAUAUAAUGGGUUUUGAAGCUUUCCUUCAUCCAGAGUAGACAAAGACCUUGAGAUAGUAGGAACUACAGGUGCUGGAGAAUCUGAGAUAACAAGGUGUAGAGCUGGAUGAACACAGCAGGCCAAGCAGGAUCACAGGAGCAGGAAAGCUGAAAAAUUUCUGAAGGGACCAGAGCCAAAACUUCAGCUUUCCUGCUUCUCUGAUGUUGCCUGGCCUGCUCUGUUCGUCCAGCUCUACACCUUGCUAUAGAACAUAGAACAUAGAACAUUACAGCACAGUACAGGCCCUUCAGCCCUCGAUGUUGUGCCGACCUGUCAUACCGAUCUCAAGCCCAUCUAACCUACACUAUUCCAUGUACGUCCAUAUGCUUAUCCAAUGACGACUUAAAUGUACUUAAAGUUGGCGAAUCUACUACCGUUGCAGGCAAGGCGUUCCAUUCCCUUACUACUCUCUGAGUAAAGCAACUACCUCUGACAUCUUAGACAAAGACCUUUGUGUAAGGUUUCGAAGGAACAUCUACACAAUGCAGGGAGCUCAGAAGCUUCUGGAAGUUGGAACAUAUAAUUGCCUUGGCUGCUUUAGGAGUCCAGCAAAGGUUGUCCAUUUUUAACACAAACAGAAAUAUAGAACAAAGUUUUCUUUGGAGUUUCUCUUCAUGUCCUCAGUCCAUCACACUUUCAA